AUGGAACAGCAACAGUGCCUGCCACUAUUGACAAGUGAGCCCAGCUACAUCGAGCAACAACGCGUGCAGCCGCACGAUGCCUUCGUGGAGUUUGGAACCGCCAUGGCAGUUCAGCAUUCAGUUCUGGCCGUCACUCUGCACGGCGCUUGCGUGGCUGCCCAGGUGUUCUCUGCGUCGCUCUUCCCGCAGCUGCCUGACUUGGCGCCACUUUCCGAGCCCAGCAUUGCUGACUUCUUCGGCCUGGAGAAAGAUAACUUCCCGCAGCGGUUGGAGCGCUUGCGAGAGGUGCUCGUACGUGUUCGACCAUGCAAAGAUGACCAUGCUUCUCUGCGCACAGACUCACAGACAUGCACAAAAACUUGUGUAUAG